CCUCCGCCUGGGAGGGACUCUGGUCUCUCUUCCAGAUGCUGGCAGGAAGUCCGCACGCGUCCAAGGAAGAGCCAGCUGGGGCUCUCCGGCCAGCGCAGAGUAUCCACCAGGUCACCUGAGUCUAAGGUGGCCCUGAGUCUGAAAGCCGCCCUGCAGCCUGCAGCUCCUUGGGAAAACUCGCAGAGCAAAAGCUCCUGUAAAAGACAGAUUGAAAGAGAGACGGUCUGCUGUCUCCCACCCUGCAACCAUGAACAACAAUGCAACAGACCUCACCACUGGCUACCUCUCCUCUGCUGUAGCAAUUCUCCUAUUUGGCUCCAACUUUGUACCACUUAAGAAAUAUGAUACUGGUGAUGGGAUGUUCCUUCAGUGGGUGCUCUGCGCUGCCAUUUGGUUGGUUGCCUUGGUGGUCAACUUGAUUCUACACUGCCCUAAAUUCUGGCCUUUUGCAAUGCUUGGCGGCUGCAUUUGGGCAACAGGGAACAUUGCUGUCGUUCCAAUUAUCAAGACCAUUGGUUUGGGUCUUGGAAUCUUAAUCUGGGGAUCAUUUAACACCUUAACUGGCUGGGCAAGCUCCAGGUUUGGCUGGUUUGGGAUGGAUGCAGAAGAAGUGUCCAAGCCAAUGCUGAAUUACUUUGGAGCUGGGCUGUCAGUAGUAAGUGCACUCACAUUUUUGUUCGUCAAAAGUGAAAUUCCAAAUAACCCAGGCAGCACGGACACCACACCGCUGAUGACAGAACCUGCGAUCAACAGAACCGAAGCCCUGACUGUGGAUUCCUCCUGGGUGGACAGACUUUCUACCACAUACCGCCGCAUUGUGGGCUGCAGCCUUGCGGUAAUAUCUGGAAUACUCUAUGGAUCUACCUUUGUGCCGAUCAUUUACAUCAAGGAUCACAGCAAAAGGAAUGACAGCAUAUACGCAGGCGCUAGCCAGUAUGAUUUAGACUACGUUUUCGCGCACUCCAGCGGCAUCUUUCUUACAAGCACAGUCUACUUUGUGGCCUACAGUGUAGCCAUGAAAAGUAGGCCAAAGCUGUAUCCAGAAGCAGUCUUACCAGGCUUCCUGUCAGGGGUGCUGUGGGCCAUCGCCACCUGCUGCUGGUUCAUAGCCAACCACUCACUGAGCGCUGUGAUCAGCUUUCCCAUCAUCACUGCUGGUCCUGGACUUAUUGCUGCACUUUGGGGGAUCUUCAUGUUCAAGGAAAUACAGGGUCUCCGGAACUACUUGCUACUGAUGCUUGCCUUCUGCAUCGUCUUGGCGGGGGCCUUGUGCACCGCGUUUUCUAAAAUUUAGCUAUUCACAGCAAGAGCAGCAGAUGGCAGCGGCGGCUAGGAGGAGGCCUCUGCCGCACAAGCUACUACUGGGACAGCCGUGCUGUGACACAGUGGAUCUCUGCCGCUCUGGGAACGAAUGGACAAAUGACUGUUUACCCCACAAACGUGAGAAGGAAGGGAGAGCAGGUUCCAGCCCGGCACGGAUGAAAACUCCUUCCGAUGAGCUGUUGACGAAGGCUGGACCUCGCUGGGUGGCUGCAUUUUUGGGUGUCUGCCGGUGCUGGCUUUAUCAAUGUCUACUUAAUAUUAUAGUCCAGAAAAUAGGAUGGGGUUUGUACAAAGGAAAUUACCAUCCGAAUUUAUAAUUUAUUAAUAAAGAGGGGCAAAAAUCAAUACUUUCUCAGUUGAGGGGAGGAACAGAGGCAUACCAUGUGGGAGGGGAUUUAAAUUCAAAGCUAGCAGCCCCUUUGCUGGAAAAAGUAAAUGUCACAGUUGCUACCUGAAUGUUUAAAAGGCCAGCUCAUUAGUUCCAGCCAAAAAUUAGUACUUUAAUACUGCUCGACUCUUUACAUUGCCUGACCUUCUCAGCUCAAAAUGUUUUGGUAAUUACUCUAGAUAAAACCGAUCCUCAGGGGCAAGUCACCACCACUCAUACGUACGUGUGAUACAAUGCAUACAUUCACAAGGGUACAUACGUGUGCAGGUUCCAGAGUUGCUAAAAUAAAACAUUGUAGCUCAUCAGUUUCAAUUUAAAGGAAACGGACUUGUUUGACUGCAGAACUAUUUUAUGUGUGUGUCCCUAAACACAGUUACUUUAAAAAAGAGUCAUUUUAGCUGGAAGUGUUUGUUUUGAGCCUGUUUCAACUGAUUUCCAGGAGACAAAGGAAUGUAGCAAGUGCAUUGAUUUGAUUCUUUAAGGGAAAAAACCUGCAAGCACAUUGGUCACUACCAUGGCCGCUGCACCCUUAAUACAGUAAUGGGGUUUGGCUGUGCCUUUUACCCGCUCCCUCCGGACACUGCAGCACUUUGCUAUGCCAGAGAAACAGAAGAGCAUCCUGCACCUACCUGCGCUUAGACCUGGGACGCUCCAUUUGAGUGAUGUGGCUUUGGACUGAGCGCUCCACGUGGUGUGCUUCCUGUAAAAGAGGGUUAAUGAUCGUAUGUGCCUUGGAUUCUGUCGUUUAAAUCUGCAGUAUGUUCAAAAAUGUCUCCUUGCCUGACAAACACUCUAAGCUGGUUUACUAUUUGUUACUACUUGUUAAUCAAGGGGAAACAAAGUUUACAGAUAGGAAAAUCUUAGAACUUAUAAAAACUACUGGACUUACCACCCUCAUCCCAGUUACACUUUGUCUUGCCAAAUCAGAAACAUCACUGGAGUCCCUUCUAAUCAUCGAAUUCCUCACACAAAUAUUUGACAAUAAUAAUGUCUUUUACCUAUUUCAGUUUUUACUUGAAAUGUCAUUGAAUUGUGAUGAUAUGACAACUUCUGAAUAAACUUAUGACAGAAAAUCUA